AUGUAAAAUAAAUAAUUUAGUCCAACAGGCUAUGAUAACAAUGGAAAAAGUGGAGGUUGUAAUUAAUGUGCUAGUUGCAAAUAUAAUUUAUCUGAAGGAUCAUCAGAUUACCCUUAUAUGUAAUGCGAUAUAGGUUACUAUAGUACUAAUCGUUAUUUUACUGAUGGAAAUGAAUCAGAUUAUAAAAAGUGUGAUUAAGUUAAACUUUGA